GGGCGGUCUCCGCGGCGCCAGCCGGCUCAGCCCACCCGGGCCUCACUCUCUGCGCGCUGCCGGCGGAUCCGCUGCGAGGUGCGAACGCCGGGAAGGGGAGAAGGUCGGUCCCCCAUAGAGGCCCGAGCUGCGGGCGCGGGCACCGCGCACGCGCGGGGAGCGGCUCCGAGAGAGGGCGCGUCCGCGUGGCUGCAGGUGUGCUGGGCAUCUCUGUCGCGUGGCGGAAGAGACCGGGGGCACCUGACUUGGGUUGGGGUCUGCGCAGGCCACACCUCUUUCAUGCCCCAGCCGGAGAGCAGGGGCGUGGCCAAAGACACUUAAUAGCCCUAGGGCUCCUCUAGUCUGCGGAGGACCCCAAGGGGUGUUGGAUAUCCUUCAAAUUAGGGAGAAAAUGGAGGAGCACCCACCUUCUUACCGCCAUGGCAAGGAGUGGGCUGGUACCCCGGGAAUCGAGGCCCUGAAGGGGACGGAGGAGGUGGGGGUUCCUGGAGGGAGCUCCAGAUCCAAGCUUGAAACGCUUCCCAGCGAAUGAGCUCAGAAGUCCUUGGGUUCUGGUCCUGCCUCCUCCCCAAGUAGCAGUGAGCGCUCAGGCAAGCCUCUGCCUCUUUCCAGGCCCCAUUCCUCACUCAUCACCUGGGGCCACAGGCCAUCUGGUCCGAGGCCUCACUCACCUGGUCUGCCGCAGAAUGGGCCUCUCCUCCUUGACCCCAGUGUGGGGUUCCCCGGGGCUGCUCCUAACCAUCGCCCUCUACCCGGCUCUCACCUUGUACCCUGCUAAGACCUUAGCAUCCACACACCGGGACUACUGUGUCCUGGGCGCCGGGCCCGCGGGCCUGCAAAUGGCCUACUUCCUGCAGCGAGCCGGGAGGGACUACACGGUGUUCGAACGCGCCGCGGAGCCUGGCAGCUUCUUCACGCGCUACCCCCGGCACCGUAAGCUCAUCAGCAUCAACAAGCGGUACACGGGCAGGGCCAACGCCGAGUUCAACCUCCGCCACGACUGGAACUCUCUGCUCAGCCACGAUCCCCGGCUGCUCUUCAGACACUACUCCGACGCCUACUUCCCCGACGCCAGCGACAUGGUGCGCUACCUGGGCGACUUCGCGACCAGGCUGGGGCUGAGCGUGCUCUACAACACAACCAUUGCCCACGUCACCCUGGAGAAGGCUCGGCAGGCCUGGAAUGGCCAUUAUUUCAUCCUGACUGACCAGAGGGGCCAGACGUACCAAUGCAGCGUCCUUCUCGUCGCCACCGGUUUGUCAGUCCCCAACCUGGUGGACUUCCCCGGCUCCGAACACGUGGAGGGUUACGAGUCUGUGUCCGUGGACCCCAAGGACUUUGUGGGUCAGAAUGUGCUGAUCCUGGGCCGAGGGAACUCGGCCUUCGAGACUUCAGAGAACAUCCUGGGUGUCACCAAUUUUAUCCACAUGCUAAGCCGCUCCCGAGUCCGGCUCUCCUGGGCUACGCACUACGUGGGAGACCUAAGGGCCAUCAACAACGGCCUGCUGGACACCUACCAGCUGAAGUCCCUGGACGGGUUGCUGGAGUCCGACCUGGCGGAUCUGGCCGUGGUGAAGGACCACAAGGGCAAGUUCCACAUCACCCUGAGGUUCUACGUGGAGGAGGGCAACCAGAGUGCCGAAGCCAUCACCCUCCCCCAGGAUGACAGUGACAACUUCGCCAUGCGCGUGGCCUACGACCGGGUCAUCCGCUGCCUGGGCUGGAACUUCGACUUCUCCAUUUUCAACGAGUCCCUCCGGCUGUCUUCAGGGGGCGAGUUCAGCAAGAAGUACCCACUGAUCAAGGCUAGCUACGAGUCCAAAGGAAGCCGUGGCCUCUUUGUCCUGGGCACGGCCAGCCACUCUGUGGAUUACCGGAAAUCUGCCGGGGGCUUCAUCCAUGGGUUCCGAUACACAGUGCGUGCUGUUCACCGGCUACUGGAGCACCGCCACCACGGCGCCGCCUGGCCCUGCACCGAGCACCCCAUCACACAGCUGACCAGCUCCAUCCUCCGGCGCGUGAACGAGGCUUCUGGGCUCUACCAGAUGUUCGGCGUGCUGGCCGACGUGGUGCUGCUGAAGGAGAAUGCCACAGCCUACGAGUACCUGGAGGAGUUCCCCGUGCAGAUGGUGGCCCAGCUGGAGGCGAUCACAGGAAGGAAAGCCAGGCAUGGGCUCUUCGUCGUCAACAUGGAGUACGGCAGGAAUUUCUCGGGACCCGACAAGGACGUCUUCUUUUAUGAACGGUCCGUGGGGCACACGGAGGACGCCUGGCGGUCUAACUUCCUCCACCCCGUCAUCUACUACUACAGGCACCUCCCCACCGAGCAGGACGUGAGGUUCCGGCCCGCGGAGUGGCCCCUGCCUCGGCCCACGGCCAUCCACCACAUCGUGGAAGAUUUCCUGACAGACUGGACCGCCCCAGUGAACCACAUUUUACCGCUGAGGCGCUUCCUGGAGAACUGUUUGGACACUGACCUGCGAAGCUUCUAUGCAGAGUCCUGUUUCCUGUUCGCCCUGACACGCCAGAAGCUGCCGCCCUUUUGCCAGCAGGGGUACCUGAGAACGCAGGGGCUGGUGGGAACCAGAAGCCUCCGGCAGCACAGAGUGGACAGCGGGCUGCUGCAGGACUAUGCCACUGCAGGCAAGCGCGCAGAGGACAGUGGCCAGUGGCCUGGCUACCAAGGGCCAGGAGACCAGCCCCAGGCUCCAGGGCCUCUGGUCCAGCCCCUGAACAGCGACAGGGAGGAGCUGUGAUGCGCAGGUUCCCCACCUCACCCCAGGCCACAGUCAGCCUGCCCUCCCUGCAGGCCCACGCCCCCACCGAUGUGUGAUUGCCAAAGACCACUCGGACCAUUGCAGGGGCUGCACCAAAGCCACACAGAGGGCAGGUAGAGGCUAGGGGUGGCCGUGCAGCAGUCUCCUCCCCUCCUGUGGGGUCCAUAGGUGCCUGGGAGGUGGGGCCCACAGGAGGGCACCCUCUGCCAGGUAGGAGCAGCCUUGCACAGCCGGGCUUGUCUGUAAGUGCAUGGUCACUGGGCACCAGGCUGCCCUCAGUUCUGCCUCCAUCAGGGUCCCAGAGGUUCCUUUUCCUCCUGGUCCACUCUUCAAAUGGGCCCAAAUCCCAGCCUUCGGUGGGGGCAUCAUCUUCCCAGGUGAAACCCAUCAUCUUCAUAAGGGUUUGUAGCAGGCUCUUUUCACAGGAGCUCUAAUACCCUCAACCACCUGGGGCAGGUAGAACUAGUACCCCUGAUGAAGACACCAGCUCAGAGAGGUCAGGUGACUCCCAGGGUCCUGGCCAGGAGUCUCUGUCUGGGUAGCCCUACAGCCUGUCACACCACACCACACCACACCACCCCCAUCUCUGUUUCCCGAAAGUGGGGGCGGGGAGCUGGGCUCCUGGCUAUGGGCCCCACGGCUGUUAGCGGGCUGAAUGAGCCACCUUAUCGAAGCAGGCCUCUCCCCUGCACGCCCUGACUUAUCCUCAGUCUCUGUCUCCUCCUUUCAUCCCGCCCUGUGACACUCCGAACACCCCCGUCUCUGGCCAAUCAGGUUCUGUCAAAGCGGCGCCGUACUGUCCGUCGGUGGGGAUUCUUAGGAGAUGAUUCAGCCCUGUUUGAGCAGAGCCCGCCCUGCUCAGCUUGUCCAGAGACAUUCGUAAGUGCAUUUGCACGAUUCCAAUGAUGAACUUCAGUUUCCAGUCCCCUCAGCCGGUCUGGCUCUUCUCCACGAUCCUUCCUCACCAGGAGGAACCCGUUCCCUUCCUUACUCUCCCAUCAGGUGUGUCAGCCCGGUUCAUGAGUGAGCCACAGGCAAGCAUCGUACACACAGGAAUCCUGGCAUCUUUCAAGGCCUGGGAUCUCAGGUGGUUGCUUUCUCUCUGGUUCUCGCUGGCCCUUCAUGUAAAGCACUCAGAGUUUGAGGGACCUGGGCUUGCUUGCUCCGAAGCCAUUUUCUGGGACUGUUCUCUUGGUCAGAUACAAGUGCCCUGCCCCCCACCCCCACCUGCAGAUGCUGCUCCCUCCAGUCUCUGCGGAGUUAGAACUUGGCCUGCAGCAGAUGUUCACUCCACGGUGGUACUUGGCAAAGUUUGCUCGCGGCUAAAACUUCUAAAUUAAGCUGUCUUUCUAAUCCCAGGGCAUUGGUACAGAUUACAGGUGAACUGUAAAAUUGAGUCCAUCAGCCCACCUUUCCUUUCUAAAACCUUUUCUAAAGUGAAUCUUUUAAGUAGGACUGUACCUAUAAUACCAAACUCUGGUCACACACAUCUUGCCUCCCCGACUGCUGAAGAGUGGCUGAGCCCCUUCUCCAAUAAAAGUUCGAGGUGCUGUAGCAGUUUACUGAUGCCUGAGUACUGACAUCUGCUGCUUUUCCCAUCACCUGCCAAGUUGUUAAUGCCAUCAGAAUAUCAGCCAGCCUUACUGGUGUUUAAUGAGACACGGCUCCAUUCUCACUCAGCUGAGGUGUCUGAGCAAAAAUGUCCCUGAUAGUCUCCCAGAUCAACAGCUGGCUUCAAGCAGAACACUUCCCUCCCCGAAGACCGUCGCUGCAUUUGCUGGGGCUCCUUCCUCCCCCUCCCCGCCCAGCGGUUCUCGUUGCAGCCAGCUGGGCCAAGUUCCUCCUCUGGCCAAGGCCUGGCUUCAUUAAUUCUUUUUUUUUUUUAAUAUUACAAAGUCACUGGUGCAAAAUAGACAAAUCAGUAAAAUAAGCCAGAAACAGACCCUAUUCUAAGUAAGAAGGAGGUGAUUUUCAAAAGAAAUCACAAACCAUCAAAGAAGAGCAUGCAGGAGCAUGCAAUUAACUAAUGUGGAACCACCUGGUUAGUAAUUUGAAGAAGGAAAUACGUCUAAUUUUAGAUCCUGUUUCAUACUAUACUUCAGAACCAAUUCCAGAUGAAUUUUUUAAGGCCAUAUAAGAACUAGAGAUGGAGCGGGAGUACUGUGAUAAAAGAAAGACCUUUCCAAGUCUUUAGAAGCAACAAAGGAAUUUCCCAGAUGACAAGGUUUAACAUUUCCAAGUAUACUCACCUGGCCUGUACCUAAUUAAUAGGACUAAUGGGACUACUUCAAAGAAAAUGGUAAAAGUUAAAAGGCGAAACAACAUGGGGAAAAAAUAAUUACAGCAGACUGUAUCA